GGAUGAAUCAUCUCCAAACUUGACUUGUGGAACAGACCACAAUGUCCUACCACAGAAAUGGAAUAAGCUAGAAUGGAAAUUAACAUCAAAUAUAUCUAAAAACAAAAUGUGAACGCUUUACAAUAGGCUAUCAAUUCAGAAGCUAUUAAAGGUUUCGAUGUUAUUAUUCAGGUUAAACCCGUUGACGAUGUAGUACAAACACGUAGACUAUGUGGUGCCCGUUUUAUCCGCGCAAAAAUGUGAUUACUGGCCCAGACAUUUUAUUUAAUAAUAGUAAUGUCGUAAUGUAUUUGCAUUUGCUGUAUGAUACCACUGGUAUUCAUAUAAUUCACUUUUUGUUUUCGUGUAAAAAUAUAUCCAGUAAGAUAAAAACAUCCGAAGAUUUGAAUGCGACUCAAUUGAUGUCAAUGACUUUCUGAGCCUCUGGAGCGCCCCCUGGAGGAGGUAAACAUCGUACGCGCAGACGUCUGUGGUCCAUCACCAGCGGAGCUCUGAGAUGCUCAGUGGUAUCGGGUGACCGACCAGCGUCACACAGAGCACCUGUUUGAGUGGAUCACGACGUGCCAAACCCGUUAUGUAUACUGAAACCUCGCGAAAACAGCAGAAACACAGCUUCAAGGGCAUAAUAGUCUGAUCUGGGUCCAUUCAGAAUAAUGGCAGCUCAGAAAAAUAAACACGGACUCCUGGCUCUCAAAGAGUUAGAGAAUAUUCUGGACACAUGUAAACUUGAUCUGAAUCCAGUCGACGAGGUCUGGCCGAACUUGUACAUCGGAAACGUGGCCAUUGCUCAAAAUAGAAAUGCUUUGAUGAAAAUGGGUAUCACUCAUGUCUUAAAUGCUGCCCAUUCCAAGCAAGGCAGCAUUGGGGACCAGAGUUAUUACGGCAAUACUAUUGUGUAUUAUGGCAUCCCAGCAGAAGACUCUUCAUCAUUUGAUCUUAGUGUGUACUUUAAAUUGGCAGCUGAUUUCAUCCACAAAGCCUUGAGGAAGAAGAACGGAAAAGUGCUUGUUCAUUGCAUCAUGGGAAUGAGUCGGUCUGCCACACUGGUUCUAGCAUACCUUAUGCUGCGUCAGCGUCUUACUCUCCCUACUGCCAUCCAAACAGUUGUAAUGCGACGAGCAGUCUAUCCUAACAGGAACUUUUUGAGCCUACUCCUGGAUUUAGACAUUCAGCUACAUAGAAAGCGAAUGCUGUGUCCUAUUCUCUGACAGAAAAACACAUAUGUCAUGAACACAGAUACACAUGCAUUUAUUUUAUAUAACUAAAGGGUGAGGAGGUAUGUUUACAUUAUUUAUGAUAUACAGUGGGUACGGAAAGUAUUCAGACC